ACAAACAAUAAAAUACGUUGUUUUCUCGUUAACGAUACAUUUCAACCAGUUCAAAACUAUGUAAGGAAAAUAAACCAUGUUUUGUACUUUAUUGUUCGUGUUAUCACUGGUUUCAUGGUCACAGCAACAUUUGUCAUACCCAAUUAAUUACUGUAACAUGGCUUCAACUUGUAUCCACGACAGCCGUGUCGUAUGCGCAUCGUCUCCGGAUGGCUGUAGCCGUCGUAGUUUCAUGGACCAAUGCGACAUGUAUGAAUAUAACUGCGACUAUGGAGCUCGUUAUAUAGAAACUUACAUUUUGUUUUGUUCAACAUUGGAUAUGUCGCCACAAAACAAUUUAAUGGACGCUUCGAUUGAAACUUCACCAAAUUGUGAUGAAAAAGUUAACGAUAAAUUUAUAUCGCUUCAAUUGACUUACUUUAAUUCAAAAACUACUCCAGAAACGAAAUCGGAUAGUGCUAGCCCAACACUAUUAACAAAAAAGUUAACUCUUAAAUCAACGGAAAUAAUAAAUAAUACAAAAUAUUGCUGUAAUAGACCAAAAAUUUGGGGAAAAACUACUAAAAUGGGAGCAUUUAAUAAAAAUAAAUCGAUAGAGGAUUCAGAUACAGAAUAUAAAAAUGAAGUGAAAGAUGAAAAAGCCCGAUUAUUACUUAAGGAAAAUUAUACACAAACAAAUGAUACUGCUAAUUAUACUUCAAAUCAAUUUAAUUUUAUAUCACCAACGGCUAAGAAAGUAGUAAUUACACAAGAAACAGUUGUUUCGAAUAUAAAAAUGUCAUCCAAUCGUGUACUUGCAAAGCGCCCUAAGAAAAAUCUAUUAACACCUUCUAUGUUUUGUAAUUAUCAUAAAUGUCAAAGACCACUAAACUGGAUAACAACUUCAAAAUCAAAAAAGAGAAAAUUAGUCUAAGUUUUCUUAUGUUAAUACGAAGGGUUUGAUAUUGUCGAUUGUGAAGAAAAUUGUUCAUGUUUUGACAAGGUUGCAACAGAUGCUACAAUAGAUACUACAACGGCUUUAUCAGAUGCAGAUUACAUAAGUUUAUCAUCAGAAGAUCAUGGGCUUAAAUUGUUACAAACAUCAAAAAUAUUACCAUUGCAUGACAAGAUAACUAAUAAAGACAAAUGCUGUAGACCGAUUACAUGGGCGACUACUCGUAAAGGGGAAACGAGGGACUUUUACAGAAUUUUAAAACAAGAUAAUUUAAAAUAAAUUUAUUUGCCAGAUAUAAUAAAUAUAUAUUUCCUAA